AUGGCACUCAAAACAAUACUUAUAGCAGCUCUUAUUCUUGCAAUCGCUACUGGUAUCAAGCAAAAGAAUGAACAAAACUCUCUCCAAGAAAGCAAGAAACUCUUCUCUGGAUUUUUGGAAUAUGCAACAUCUGGUAUUAGAUCUGGAAGUUCAUCAUCCGGAUCGUCAGGAAGCACUUCUGGAUCAUCUGAAUCUCAAGGAAGCUCUUCUGGCUCGCAAGGAAGCUCAUCAUCAUCUGGAUCACCAGGUGACUCUUCUUCAGGGUCACAAGGAAGUGGCUCGCAAGGAAGCUCUUCAUCAUCUGGAUCAUCAGGUAGUUCAUCAUCUGGAUCUUCAGGAAGUUCAUCAUCUAAAUCAUCAGACAGUUCAUCAUCUGGAUCUUCAGGAAGUACUUCAUCAUCAGGAGGCUCCUCAUCAUCUGGAUCAUCAGGAAAUCCCUUGAUAAUACCUACAUUUAUAUUCUCUAGCAAAGAAGAGAAGCAAGAAGGGAAAGAAGAAGAAGAAGAAGGAGAAGGAGAGGAAGAAGGAGAAGAAGAAGAAGAAGAGCAUGAAGGAGAGCAUGGAGGAGAAGAAGAACAUGAGGAAGAAGGAGAGCAAGAAGGAGAGCAUGAAGGAGAGCAUGAAGGAGAGCAUGAAGGAGAAGAAGAACAUGAGGAAGAAGGAGAACAUGAAGGCGAAAGUGAAAGUGAAGAAGAGCACGAAGAAAGAGAAGAAGAAAAAAAACAAAAAGAAGAAGAAGAGGAAGGAGAGCGCAAAGAAGAAGGAGAAGAAGAAGAACAGAAAGAGCAAAGUGGAGAAUAUUCAUCUGAACAAGAGCAAUCAGAAGAGGAAGCUUUUGCAUAUUAA